AAUUCCUUCUAAACAAACCCUCUCAUCAUAUAUUCCCCCCAAUCAUCACUUUAGAUCAUAUCUACACACACACACUCACACAAACACACACACACCCCCCUCCGCUGCCAAUGGAAGCCAGCGCAGGGCUCGUCGCCGGUUCCCACAACCGGAACGAGCUCGUCGUCAUCCACGGCCACGAAGAGCCUAAGCCUCUGAAGAACUUGAGCGGGCAAGUGUGCGAGAUAUGCGGCGACGAGAUCGGGCUGACGGUGGACGGCGAGCUCUUCGUGGCGUGCAACGAGUGCGGGUUUCCGGUGUGCCGGCCUUGCUACGAGUACGAGAGGAGAGAGGGCAGCCAGCUUUGCCCACAAUGCAAAACCAGAUACAAGCGCCUCAAAGGGAGCCCGAGGGUUGAGGGAGACGACGACGAGGAGGAUACCGACGACAUCGAGCACGAAUUCAACAUCGAUGAGCAGAAGACGAACACUGAUAUCGCUGAAGCCAUGCUUCAUGGCAAGAUGAGCUAUGGAAGAGGACCGGACGACGACGAAAACGCCCAAUACCCGCCGGUUAUCUCCGGCGGCCGCUCUCGUCAGGUUAGCGGAGAGUUCCCGAUUUCAAGCCAUGCUUAUGGAGAUCAAAUGGGGGCCACUUUGCAUAAGCGGGUGCAUCCCGUUACCGAUGAUCAUGGAAGUGGAAGAUGGGAUGAGAGAAAAGAGUUGGGAUGGAAGGAGAGAAUGGAUGAGUGGAAAGUGCAGCAAGGAAAUCUUGGGACAGAAUACGAAGAUGCAGUUGAUGCUGACAUGGGCAUCAUCGACGAGGCGCGGCAGCCGCUGUCGAGGAAGGUCCCGAUCGCGUCGAGCAAGAUCAACCCAUACCGCAUGGUGAUCGUGACGCGGCUGGUGGUGCUGGCGCUGUUCCUCCGGUACCGGAUCCUGAACCCGGUGCACGACGCCAUGGGGCUGUGGCUGACCUCCAUCGUGUGCGAGAUCUGGUUCGCCCUCUCGUGGAUCCUCGACCAGUUCCCCAAGUGGUUCCCCAUCGACCGGGAGACCUACCUCGACCGCCUCUCCCUCCGCUACGAGAGGGAGGGCGAGCCCAACAUGCUGGCGCCCGUCGACAUAUUCGUCAGCACGGUCGACCCGCUCAAGGAGCCGCCUCUCGUCACAGCCAACACCGUGCUCUCCAUACUCGCCGUUGAUUACCCUGUCGACAAGAUCUCUUGCUACAUUUCCGACGACGGCGCCUCCAUGUGCACCUUCGAGGCCCUCUCCGAGACCGCCGAGUUCGCACGCAAGUGGGUCCCCUUCUGCAACAAGUUCGCCAUCGAGCCGCGGGCGCCGGAGUGGUACUUCUCAGAGAAGGUCGACUAUCUCAAGGACAAAGUGCAGCCAACUUUUGUCAAGGAGAGGAGAGCCAUGAAGAGAGAAUACGAGGAGUUUAAGGUGAGGAUAAAUGCAAUGGUGGCGAAGGCGACGAAAGUGCCCCCGGGGGGCUGGAUCAUGCAGGAUGGGACGCCGUGGCCGGGGAACAACACCAAGGAUCAUCCCGGUAUGAUUCAAGUGUUCCUAGGCCAGAACGGGGGGCUUGAUGUCGAGGGGCACGAGCUUCCUCGCCUCGUGUAUGUCUCCCGUGAGAAGAGGCCGGGCUUCCAGCAUCACAAGAAAGCCGGUGCCAUGAAUGCUCUUAUCCGCGUCGCUGGUGUUCUGACGAAUGCGCCGUUCAUGCUCAAUUUGGAUUGUGAUCACUACAUAAACAACAGCAAGGCUGUGAGAGAGGCCAUGUGUUUCUUGAUGGAUCCACAGGUGGGGAAGAAGGUUUGCUAUGUGCAGUUCCCUCAGAGAUUCGAUGGCAUUGACAGACACGAUCGAUAUGCCAACAGAAACACUGUCUUCUUCGAUAUCAACAUGAAAGGCCUUGAUGGGAUUCAAGGGCCGGUGUAUGUCGGAACAGGGUGUGUUUUCCGAAGGCAAGCAUUGUACGGCUACGACCCUCCGAAGGGGCGUAAGCGCCCCAAGAUGGUGAGCUGCGACUGCUGCCCUUGCUUCGGACGACGCAAGAAGCUCCCACACUACUCCACGGAUGUCGAAAAUGCAGCCGGAUUUGAAGACGACCUCAAGUCUCAGAUGAAUUUCGAGAAGAAAUUCGGACAGUCGUCCAUAUUUGUGACCUCUACUUUGAUGGUGGAAGGCGGGGUGCCGCCCUCGUCCAGCCCUGCAGCCCUGCUCAAGGAGGCCAUCCAUGUCAUUAGCUGCGGAUACGAGGAUAAGACAGAAUGGGGCCUCGAGUUGGGGUGGAUCUACGGGUCGAUCACGGAGGACAUCUUGACGGGGUUCAAGAUGCACUGCCGCGGGUGGAGGUCGAUCUACUGCAUGCCGAAGAGGGCCGCGUUCAAAGGCUCGGCCCCGAUCAAUCUGUCGGACCGGCUGAACCAGGUGCUGAGGUGGGCUCUGGGAUCAGUGGAGAUCUUCUUCAGCCACCACAGCCCCCUCUGGUACGGCUACAAGGAAGGGAAGCUCAAGUGGCUGGAGCGCUUCGCCUACGUCAACACCACCGUCUACCCCUUCACCGCCCUCCCCCUCCUCGCCUACUGCACGCUCCCGGCCAUCUGCCUGCUCACCGGCAAAUUCAUCAUGCCGGAGAUAAGCACCUUCGCGAGCCUCUUCUUCAUCGCCCUCUUCCUCUCCAUCUUCAUCACGGGCAUUCUCGAGCUGAGGUGGAGCGGGGUGAGCAUCGAGGAGUGGUGGAGGAACGAGCAGUUCUGGGUGAUCGGGGGCAUCUCGGCCCACCUCUUCGCGGUGGUGCAGGGGCUGCUCAAGGUGCUGGCCGGGAUCGACACCAACUUCACCGUGACGUCAAAGGCCUCGGACGACGAGGACUUCAGCGAGCUCUACGCGUUCAAGUGGACGACGCUGCUCAUCCCCCCCACCACCAUCCUCAUCAUCAACCUGGUCGGGGUGGUGGCGGGGGUGUCGGACGCCAUCAACAACGGGUACCAGUCGUGGGGCCCGUUGUUCGGCAAGCUCUUCUUCGCCUUCUGGGUGAUCGUGCAUCUCUACCCCUUCCUCAAGGGACUCAUGGGGAAGCAGAACAGGACGCCCACCAUUGUUGUCAUCUGGUCUGUGCUGCUAGCUUCCAUUUUCUCCUUGCUUUGGGUCAGGAUUGAUCCUUUCAUACUUAGGACCAAGGGCCCUGCUACCAACAAAUGUGGGAUCAAUUGCUGAUGGAUUUCAACCUCUUUUUUUGUAACAUUACAACACUCUUUUUUGUUUCAAUCCUAUCAGCUCAAUGUAUUGUGUUUGUGUGUUCUUAACUACUUCCCAUAAAUCGUGUACCGGACUAGGAUCGUAAACGAAUCAAAUAUUUUUGCUCGAUUCGAUAUUCGGUUCGAAAUUUUGAUAUUCGUAUGAAAAAUUAUUCGAUUCA